GAAACGGAAAAGCUGAAACUCUGCAUUCGCGUCCUUGGACCCCGUCAAAAGUUCAAUCGUGAAAAUUCCGGGAUACCGCGUUGAAGUCCCCAGCACAGAAGAAGUGGAACUCGCUGCCUCCCUCGCCAAAGGAUGUUGUAUCAAUCUCAGGUUUCGCCCUGUGCUUUUCGCAAGCCUGCUCUCACUCAACCCUCGACGUCUCAUGGAGCGCAGGAUUCUGGACAAGUUCGACAAGAUUCGUUGGGUAUGGGGCUCAAUAUCGAACAAUAUGUUGAGUCUUCUGAAACGGCAUCGCCUGAAGUGCCUGAGAACAAGCAAUUCGUCGCGAGAAUGCAUGAUCUACAGUGCCGUCAGCAAAUGCUUGAUAGUAUCUACAUGCGUGCUAUCGAGAAGAAAAAGAAGUCAGACACUGAUGUCACACAAGCAUUGGAGCGGAUGCAGAUUUCACCACCCCAACCAGACCAAGGCCAAGCAAGCACGAAUCUCACUUUAGACUUGAAGGUUGUGAGCAAGGACUACGACUUGGGCCCAAAGGUCACUAAAACUCUACCUCGAAAGAUCAAUGUCGUUCAGACAAGAGCGAUACAUCAAAUAUACGUCAGUGCGUCAGAAUGCGAUGUUGAGAAAGACAGAGCAUUCCAACAGGUCACCCAGUAUGCCGAGAACAGUGGACCAUGCCCCGCGUGCAAUUGAACAGUUAGUCCAGCCUGCCUGCGCGAAGGCUGCUUCAGUUGGUGUAACAAGCACAACAGGGUGGUGGUCCGAAAGAACCGGUGUUCUGGAUAUGACUGAAAAG